AUGUCGACAAGUCUCGCCGACAUCCAUCCACACAUCAUUCAGACUCACAUCUUACCACGCCUCGAUGGUCCAUCUCUCCUGUCCACGGCAACCACAUCCUCAUAUCUACAAACCCUGUGCGCCGAUGACAAUCUUUGGUCUCAUAUCUGCAGAUCAACAUGGCCUUCAAUCCUCGACCCACGUCUGGAUCACCUCAUCUCCACCUUCCCCGCCGGUCACCAAUCUUUCUUUCAAGACUCCUUUCCGGCUCUAAUCACCGACGUCAACCACUACAACACCAUUCUUCCCUCCACCUGGUCUUCUUCAAAACCAAAUUCAUCGUUAUGUUCAUCUCAUCCUUGCACAUCUGAACUCAUCUCAGCCAUUGAUAUAUGCUACCAAAACGACAUUAUUUACUCAAGAGUUGAGUUCACCGAUACCACACAUGAUUUUCUUUGGUCUCCGUUUUGGGUUGAAUUAAAGGACGACCCACCUAUCAAUAGAUUGAUACCUGGAAUCUCCAGAUGGAUCGACCUGAAAGUCGACGAGCUUUUAGGAGCCAACAAAGCAACAUUAUUACACCUGAAAGAAUAUCUUACAUUAAGCUGGAUCCUAAUUGACCCGACCCGGAAACAGGCAGUUAACUUAUCAAGCAUGAGACCGGUUAGUGUAAUGCAGCACUGGAUGACUAAUGAUAGCCUUCUCGAGUACGUCACCGUUUUACCCGGGUGUUUUCUGGAUGACAUGGUACAAUGUAGAAUAGAGGUGGCAUUGGGUGUGGGUGGUGGAGGGGUGGGAUUGUAUAUGAAAGAAGUGGUAUUAAAAUUUGAGGACUUGCAUUGUAAUUGCUUAAAUGGAAAGGAGUUUUUGGUAAUUUUACAAAGCGUAAUUUCGGAAGAAACUAAUGUGAGAAGGAAAGUGGUGGACGAUGAUGAGGAGAGAUGGAGGUCUUACAGGAUGUUUAAGGAGAUGAAAAUAGAGAAAAUGGCAUGGCAUAAUCAGACAUAA